GCUCAGCAGCAUCCACCCGAGAAACGACGCACAAUGGCCUCCCUCUCCCUGCCUCUCCUCAGACCGUCCGCACCACUCUCCCUCCGAACGGGCCUUGGCCUCGGCCUCGCCUCCCUCCUUCCCCGGAUAUCCAUCCGCAUCGCCGUGCCAGCACCCCUCCUCGGCAUCUGGGACUCCAUCUUCCGUGCCGCUCCCAAGAAGAAGACUUCCCACUCGAGGAAGAGGAUGAGGCAGGCGACAAAGUACUUGAGAGAUAACUUGGGUCUUAAUCGGUGCCCGUCGUGUGGGAUGGUGAAGAGGGCGCAUACUUUGUGUACGCCUUGUUAUGGAGAUAUUAAGAAGGUGUGGAAGGGGAAGGUUCCGGAGUUCAACGACCCUUCUGCGUAAGGGAUGUGUUGUUGGUGACAGAGAAGGCAAAGUUUAGGUGGACUGAAAAACUUUUGGGCGACGAUAUGGCCAUGAAGGGAGACUUUGGUGAAGGAAAGACAUACAAACGUCAAGCAUGAGCAAGGAUCACGAGACAUGGAGAGGUUUGAAGCAUGCUUUUCUGUUUUGAUUUU